AUGUGGAGUAGUUACAGGCCUGUCCCUGAAGGGGGCGAUAAGAAACCCCAGAUGUUUACCAUAGUAUACAAACUAAAGGUGAAGUCUUGGCUGAACCCUGGAGACUCAGUUACUCUGAGCUGUGGGGUUAAAGAGUCAUCUACAGGCUGGAGGUUCUUCUGGUACCGAACUGUUCCCUACACAGCUGGGUUACUGUCCCUGUCAGACAGGUCCUACUCUGUAGAGCCUCUAUCUGGCAGUGGGACUAGUGAAGACUCCUACACUCUGAUCCCUGCUGAUCCGCAACCUUCAGUGUCUCUCAAAAUAAGACCUAACAGAACUCAACACUUUACAUCAAAGUCUCUCUCACUAAGCUGUGAGGAGAAGAGGAACUCUACUGGAUGGAGACUGAAGAGAUACAGAGAGAAAGCAGUGGAGUCAGGGUGUGUCUCUAACUGGGGAUCAAGAGCAGGGUCCACAUGUACCAUCAGUUCCACAUACACAGGGGACAGUGGAGUGUACUGGUGUGAGUCUGGAUCAGGAGAGUACAGUAAUGCUGUCAACAUUACAGUGGACGUUGGCAUUCUGAUCCUGGAGAGCCCUCCCUAUCCCAUAACUGAGGGAGACUCUGUGACUCUCAGCUGUACAAAUAGAUAUCAGGAAACAAACCCGAACCCCAAGGUUGAUUUCUACAAAGAUGGAGUACUCAUCAGGAAUGAGACCACAGGAGAGAUGACCAUCCCUGCAGUUUCCAAGUCAGAUGAAGGCUCCUACAAGUGUAAAUCUAAUGAAGGAGAAUCACCAGAGAGCUGGGUGACAGUGAGAGGUGUAACUCCUGGACCCUCUACAUCAGUCCUAGUAGGAGUGGUUGUGGGCCUGGUUGUUGCUGGUGUUCUACUGGCCAUUCUCCUGGUACUGCUGUGUCGAUAUAAAAACGCCAAAGGCCCCCCCAGCCCCAGAGGACCAACAUGGACCCCCAACAGGACCAAGGAUCUACCCAGGGCCAGGCUCCUGAUGCUGAGUAUACACAUCUGCAGCAUGGUCAGUCUCUUAGUCCAGACCACUCUAUCCUCUCUGUAA